AUGAUGAGUAUGGGAAACGGAAUAAUACCAUCUAUGAGUACAAUGUUGCCAACGAGUCAUUUCUCUCCGAUGGGUCUAGGAAUGCAUAUGGGCGCAGCAGCAACAACUAUAUCAGUACCACAAUUUCUGCCUAUGAAUGUUGAAGGAACCGGUUUUCCCCGGAUCAACGAUGCAUCAUCACAAAUGCUAAGCACCUUUCUUAAUCGCCCCACAGGACUAAUUUCAAACUCUCCCAUCUUUUCUCCACUGGAAAGUUGCUCUCAGCAAUUCGUGGUGCCUUCGUGUUUUUCUGAGAUUCAGGCUAGUUCAUUUAGUCCAUUUUCAAAAUCAGCGUCAACAUCAAACUUAGAAGAUACAAUACAAUUUAGAGGAAGCAAUGGUUAUUAA